UUUUAACAAAUUGAAGGAUUUUCUAGGGUUUGGUUCCCUUGGUCGUUUCAAUUAUUCUCUUUGGUUCCGUUGGUCGUUUCAGUUAUUCUCUGCGUCUCUACCUUUGGUUGUUACUGUUUUUCUGUGUGGCUCAUACUCAAGUUUCUUGGGUGGGUUUGUGUACGUAAGAUAUGGACAAAAUCAGUGGGUUUUCUGAUGAUGAAUUGCUCGUGAAGAUCUUAUCGUUUCUUCCAACAAAAGUCGCUGUAAGCACGAGUAUUUUGUCAAAGCAAUGGAGGUUUCUUUGGAUGCGGGUGCCAAAACUUGAGUACGAUGACACCAUCAAUUGUGAUAUGGAGAAAAACAAGAGGAUGCAGCUUUUUAUUGACAGGAAUCUGCCAUUACAUAGAACUCCCGUAAUAGAGAGCUUGUGUCUCAAGUCUUCCUGUUCAUCGUUUCAACCUAAAUAUAUCAAAUUUUGGGUUGACAUUGCAGUUUCACGGUGUUUGCGUGAGCUAAGUGUUACUUUUUAUAUGAGAAAAUUGAGGACCUAUGCAUUACUGCCGAGUAGUUUGUAUACUUGCAAAUCUCUAGUGACAUUGGUACUGAAAUACGAGAUUUUCGUGGACGUUCCUAGCAUGGUUUGUCUCCCCUCCUUGAAAACUUUGCACCUUCUAGGUGUGAUAUAUGCAGAUGAAGAAUCUCUUCAACGGCUUUUAUCCAACUGCUCUCUUCUCGAAGAUCUGGUUGUGAAACGAUGUAGUAGUGACAAUGUGAGAAAUUUUGCUGUGACCAUCCCAUCAUUGCUAUCAUUUGAGAUUUCUGAUGCGUGUACUUCUGAUGAGUAUGUGAUAGACACUCCUUCUUUGAAGUAUUUCAAAGCUAGGUUAUUUAGUAAGAGUCUCUCGUGUUUAAUUGUGAAUAUGCCUAAGUUGGAAGAGGCCGAUAUCGCUCUUCGUGGAUCUCCUGAUGUCAAGAAGCUUCUCAAGUCUGUCUCUUCUGUCAAACGUCUUUCGUUUUUCUUACAAGUCAAAAAUGUAGAGGUAAUGCAGGAUCAAUAUGGUGAUGAUUUUAUCUUUAAUUAUGAGCUUGAGCAUCUCAAGUUUCGCAUAAGUAAAACAUAUUGGUCCAAGUUACUAUUCUGGUUACUCAAAGGUUCUCCCAAACUACGUGACUUCGAGCUCAGUGCAAUAUUUGUACGAGAUAGUAGGGAUACAUUGGUUUGUUGGAAGCAAAUGAUUGAUGUCCCUCAAUGUUUGUUGUCGAGUCUCCAAACUUUCAAGUGGACAACUUACUGGCCAACAGAAGAAGAGAGAGGUUUGGCGACAUAUAUCUUGGAAUAAUCUUGCGGAUUAAAGACUGCGAGAAUCUUGAUUGCUUCAAAGUUGGAUCCACAAAAGAAGCUUGAGAUGAAGAAUGAGUUAUUUUCUUCCUGUGGUUCAACCACAUGCAACAUCAACCUCGUAUUCAAUUGA